CUCCAGACCGCGAAACACACACGUCGAGCCACCGCGAAGCCAUGGCAAUGCACCGGCUCGCUCACUUCUCCGCCGAUCGCUCUCCGAUGACCCCUACCGACCGCAUUGCCUCCGCGGCACAGCGGCUUGCGCACGACUCCGCUGCAGUCGACACGCUCGAGGCCUCCUUCACGAAGCUGCUCAAGGAGCCACACCGCGAGCGUUUCCGCAAGGUCAACUUGAGGAGCCCUGCGAUGCAGCGCGUCGCGGCAGUCGGCGGUGCGAUGGAGAUCCUGCACGCGACUGGCUGGGAGCACGCUCCGCACGGCCACCUCCUACUCAACACGUUGGAGCCUCGGCUGAUUGAGGCGGCGACCGCGGCUUUGCAAAAGGUUCAGGCGAGCCAUCCGGGCUACCUUCGGGAUCGCGAAGGCCGCAGAGCGGGCGCUGCGCGCGCCCGCGAGAGCGCGGAGGCCGCAGCGGCCGACCUGGCUCGCCGCCAGCACUUUGCCAGCAUGCUUCCGGCGGAACCGGCUGAGGGCGCUGCGGGCGCGGCGGCCAUCUGCGUACACCUGGGCGGCGAGAAGAAGGUUUGGCGGCGCUUCGACAGCAACAUCGACACGCUGAAGGAUCUCGUCCAUUGGGUCUCCUCGCUCGAGGGCGCCCCUCCCUCCCCGCGGCUCGUGAAUGUCACGCAGAGCCCGUCGCUGCCUCUCGACAAGGAGCGGCAGGCGGGCCUCUCGCUGCACCACCUGGACCUCUGGCCGUGCGGGCACGUGAAACUGGUGGAGUGCGCCUGAUGGCGUUCCGAUCCGAUCGUCGCAGACAAAGAGUAGUAAGUGGUCUUUCCGCGUUAUGUGGGCUGUGAGUUCUUGUGUCCCUCGAGGGUCGCGGCCCGCAGGCAGAUUUGUAUCCCGAGUCGGCCCGCCGAACCUGUAGGGCCUGAAGGCUUCGUGCACUGUGGUCUGUUCCACCAACUAGAAUUUGCGGGCCAGAAUCAGUUUAAGGGGGAGGGACGCACGGCGCAGGACCAGGAGGCAGGACGCCAAUUUUAAGUGUACGGGGUGGCUCUCACGAACAUAUACAAGCUGGACUGUUGACAAGAUUUUGCCUCCCGGACUUGAUAUGUACGUGACCGGGUUUUUCUU